CAGUGGUAUUGCACAUUGUUGUUAUUUGCUGUUGAAAAGAGAGAACGUUAGUUCUCAAAUGUACCUUGAGUUAUACCAGGCAUUAAAAUUAACAAGAAAUUGAAGAAAACAAGGGUGGUCUAAUUUUCUCCCAUGACUGUAUAUUAACCCUAUAAAGCCAAGUGUAUCAUAUUAGAUACAGUAAUUUUUGAGACCUCUACAUCAUCAAAAACCUGAUGUAUACAUGUGUUGAAGAUAAACAAACUGAGCAACAAAUUGCACAAAAAUGAUAUGCAGGUUCCACGAGUGGAUCAGUUAUUGCUGCAUUAAAAAACUUAAUAUCAGCCGAUGUAUGAUGUUGUGUUAUAUGGAAAAAAUAUGUAUUUUGCAUGUAUGAGGAAAAAGGAAAAGUCAAAGUCUUAAUAGGUUAAAAAUGUUAGGUUUUAUAUUUUUUUGUUCAAGAAAAACAAUCUGUGAGCAACAAAUUGCACAAAAAGACCUGAUGUAUCAAAUAUGAUACAAAUUAGAAUUCAUAUAUGCAAUUUAUUUAUUUUUUAAAAUUCGUCAGCAGAAAAAAGACUAACACUUUGCAGAACAAAGACUAACAUUUGUUUACAAAACAUGCUGGUCGAUUUCUUCCAGGAAGUUCCGCCUUCUUGAUCCGCUCAUUCGCCAGUUUUAAUGCAUACAACGGCACGUCAUGCCACCUGGUUGCUUGCUGCCGAAACCAGGCCUUGCCCUGACCUACUAACAAACUUGUUAGCACAAACAUUUUUUCCUUGUUAUGACUUACAGAGAUUCUCACACGGGAUUUUCAUUCGGCCUUCUGUGGUCUCCCCUCUCCAGACACACAUACACACACACACACACUCACAAAUGCACAUACACACACAGCAAAAACUGUGCAUCAAUAUAUCUGGAUGUCAUUCUUUGUGAUUUAUAGAAUCUUAAUCAGUUUAAGCAAAUGGAAUAUAUGUAAUUAAAGUAAUCAUAGUUUUCUACAUCAAUAUUAACACGCAAACACAAUCAAUGUAUCAAAAUCAUAUUACCUGAUUAAUAUAAAUGCAUAGAGAUAGACAUUAUCAAGAUUUAGUGAAUUAUGCAUGCAUAGUGACCUGUGAUGACAGCUGGGAGAAAAAUCACAAAGAGGAAAAAGAGAAGAAGACAGUAACAUUUCAUUUUCAACAAGUAUAAUAUUCAAAUUAUUCUAACAAUUCCCUCUUUUGGCCUAACAUUCAUUAGGCCAACUCAAACAAAAUUAUGAAUAGUAGCAAUAUUAGAGAGCAGGAAAGCAUGCAUUUCAGAGUGGAUAAUGCCAUUUAAUAUGGGGAAAGGGUUUUACCUUCGAUGACCAAGGAGAUGAGGCAGACACAGACAGAACAGAUACGAGAAAUACACAUAACACACAACACCACUAUGCUUGUGUCAUCAAUAUGUCAAUUUCUGUACAUAAUAUAGUAAUAUUACCACCGUCCACUCUCCCCCUCGGCUCCAGGUGACACAGAACAGAGAGCACUAUAAAGAGAGAUAGCAGAGCCAAACAGAACAACACAGCCGUAUCCAAAACAAUCUUUCUGUACCCAUUUAUCAAAAAAAUUUUGCAGUAUAUAAUGUCAAAAACAAUUGAUUAUAUGAAUAUGAUUUUUUCAUGAAUGUAUGAUUCUCACAGCUCUUUUUUAACCUAAUAUGGACUUGCCCACUGUGGUUCUGUCCACUUCCUGUUGAUGACCUUCAGCCACACACACACUCUCGGAGGGUCUUGCACCCUGCCAGAGCUUUUCUCUGUCUGGAGCUGUCAUGUCUCCUGGACCUGUGUGGACAGCUUCCAGUGCAGUUAAUGUACAGCAAAAGGACACACGGCAACUGUGGUAAAUCCAGGGGCACCCCCCUUUCACCCACAGUGGCUGGUCCUUUAAAACAUUUACUGUAGACUAGGGAUGCACCGAUACCGAUACUGGUAUCGGGUAUCGGGCCGAUACCGUCCUAAUAUACUCGUACUCGUACUCGUUAAAAUUAAUCGAUACCAUGAACCGAUACCAAUUUAUUGCAUGCAAUUGCUUUGCAUGAAGAACGCGAUCAGAGGGUGGCUUGUCAUUUUUGUUGUAUUUUUUUAGACAGGCGGCUAGGGGAGAUGUUGAGCUAAUUAGGGUGGUUAGGCGAGUGAGACCGGCUACAGUAGGCUAAACAGCAUGUCAGCGGUGUGGACUCACUUCAAAAUAUGCGACGAUGACAGAAGUAAGGCAGAAUGCAAACUAUGUACUACUAAGGUGUCCAGGGGAGGGAAGGAGAGUACGUCGUUCAAUACGAGCAAUUUGAUAAAACACUUGAGGACACAUCAUAACCCUGAGUACACCGAGUUUGCUAAGGCUAAUGCAAAACCACAGCAGCCAACUUUAACUCAGGUUUUGGAAAAGCGAGAAAAAAUGUCAAGAGAAAAUCCACGGGUAGUUAAAAUAACAGAGGCUUUGACUCAUUUUAUUGCUCUGGAUGACCAGCCACUGUCGGUUGUGGAAAACGUGGGAUUUCGCCAACUUCUCAGCACACUGGAGCCGCGAUACGAGAUUCCCAGCCGCCCCUACAUCACGGACGUUAUGGUGCCAAAAGUUUUUGACGAGGUAAAAAAACACGUGCGCAACCUGGUGAAUGAAGUUUCGGCCUUAAGUUUCACUACGGACAUUUGGACAAGCAGUGUGUGCCCGAUGUCACUGCUCAGUUUAACGGCGCAGUGGAUUGAUGAGGAGUUUGUUCGUCACCAAGUCACACUACAUGCAAAGUCGUUCCGGGGCUCGCACACCAGCCAAACCAUUGCAGGUGCUUUCGAUAGCAUGCUCCAGACCUGGGACAUACCGAAGACGUCUGUCCACGUAGUGCUCCGAGACAACGCACGAAAUAUGAUAAAGGCCAUGAGUGAUGCUGAGCUGCCCAGCCUACCGUGUACUGCUCACACCCUACAGCUGGUGGUUCACGAGGGCAUUCUGUCACAGAGGAGUGUUGCUGAUGCGGUGGCAGUCGGCCGCAAAAUAGUUGGGCAUUUUAAACAUUCUGCUCUGGCCAACUCCCGCCUCGAGGACAUUCAGUUAGAGAUCAACCAGCCUGCGAAGCGGCUCCUGCAAGACGUACAGACCCGCUGGAAUAGCACCUUUUAUAUGAUACAGUCAUUGAUUGAGCAGAAACGGCCUCUGGGAAUAUUCGUAUCUGAACAUGGACUCCCUGAUACUCUCACGGCUCACCAGUGGAUACUGCUGGAGAAGGUGCUAUCUGUUUUGGGUCCGUUCAAGGAGUUAACUCGAAAAGUUAGCUCUUCAGAUGCCAUGGCCGCAGAUGUCAUUCCAGCAGUCACUGUGCUGCACAGAUUUCUAACAAGGGAGACUAAUGAGGACCAUGGGAUCAAAGCAAUGAAGGGAACCUUGGCUGCAGCUGUCAGGAAGCGAUUCGCUGAUGUGGAGGAAAACCCACUCUACAGCAUCGCAACGCUACUCGAUCCCAGGUAUAAAAAUCUGUUUUUCUCCAACACCACCAUUGCUGCAAAUGCCAAAGAGAUGCUGAAACUUGAGCUGCUAAGGUUGCCUGGAGAAGCGGACAAGCAGGAGGAUGAUGACCUGAAUGAACCACCUUCAAGAAAACCACGCAGUGACCAACCAACUAGUAGUCUAGACAGCAUAUUUGAUGAAAUUGCAUCAGCAUCAGUGGGCAGAGCUGCAGUAGGUUCUAAUGUACAGUUAGACACAUAUCUUGGAGAGGCCGCAAUUUCACGAGAAGACAAACCACUACAAUACUGGAUGGUUAAUAAAGUGCGGUUCCCAACUCGGCGGCCAGAUACCUUUCAGCACCUUGCACUAGUGUUGACAGUGAAAGGCUGUUCAGCUCAGUGUCACACAUUGUGAGUGAAAGCAGAAACAGGCUCACAGCUGAUCAUGCAGAGAUGAUUCUUUUCAUCAAAAAGAACCUGCCUCUCACUUUCCCAAAAAAAGCUUAGAGAGACCUCAGAGACCACACCAUUGCAUGCUGACUGAAGUUUGAUAUUUUGUUUAAUUCGAAUGUGGACACUCUGCAAUAGGUUCAUUAAUGUUCUGUCAAUCUGAAAGGUGGAGACAGUGCCAAAUAGUUAAGUGAUAUUUUGUUUGAUUAAAAUGUGGAAACUCUGCAAUAAUUUCACAGAAUAUGUUUAUUUUUCACUUGAAAUUUUAGUUUUAUAGUCAUUUUUAAUUUAUUGAUAUUUUAUUUUUAUCUAAUUCAUCAUCAUUUGUUGUAACAAGCAGAGAAGAAAAUAAAACCUGUCUUCCAA